CUUAUCGUGUUUGGGCAGGUGCUACUUCCAUAUAUAUGUUGUGCAAAGUCGCGAUAGAUUAAGGAAGGCAUUAGUAAAAAUGAUAGUUGAGCUCUUCUCCUCGCUUACCAUCCUCUUGUUUUUGGUUUUCUUCAUAAGGAAACAAUGGUACUACAAGCUUCCUCCAAGCCCAAUGGCCUUGCCGAUUAUUGGUCACCUCCAUCUCCUUGGACCCCUAAUUCACCAUUCCUUUCGUGAGAUCUCAUCUCGCUAUGGUCCUCUGAUUUAUCUCAGGCUUGGUUCUAUAUCAGUUGUUGUAGCUUCCGCCCCAGAACUAGCCAAAGAACUUCUCAAAACGCAUGAACUCACAUUCUCUUCUCGCAAGCAUUCUAUAGCCAUCGACCACCUCACCUAUAACUCCUCUUUCGCCUUCGCUCCUUAUGGACCUUACUGGAAAUUCAUUAAAAAGAUAAGCACUUUCGAGCUCCUAGGAAACCGAAUGCUUACCAAAUUUCUUCCCAUUAGAAAACAAGAACUCCAUCACUUUCUUGGAGGUUUUUACAGCAAAUCCAAAGUUGGUGAAAGUGUUAACAUCACUCAAGAGCUGACAAAAUUAUCUAACAAUAUAAUUUCUCAGAUGAUGUUGAGUAUGAGAUCUUCUGAUACUGACAGUGAAGCUGAGGUUGCCAGAACAGUUGUGCGAGAGGUAACGCAGAUUUUUGGAGAAUUUAACGUAUGUGAUUUUAUAUGGUUUUGCAGAAACAUAGACUUGCAGGGUUUUCGAAAGAGAAUUGAUGAUAUAUAUAGCAAGUAUGAUGGGUUGUUGGAGAAGCUGAUUACUAGCCGUGAGGAGCUGAGGAAGCAGAACAGAAUCAAUGGAGCAGUGCACGAGGCCCAAGAUUUCCUUGAUAUAAUGCUUGAUGUUAUGGAGGAUGAGAAUGCAGAGAUAAGGCUGACAAGAAAUCAUAUUAAAGCCCUGUUUUUGGAUUUCUUCACUGCAGCUACUGAUACAACAGCCAUCGCAAUUGAAUGGGCAUUGGCAGAACUGAUCAACCAGCCUGAAGUUCUUGAGAAAGCUCGUGAGGAAAUUAAUAGGGUUGUGGGAAAUGGCAGGAUUGCUCAGGAGUCAGACAACCCCAAUCUCCCAUAUAUACAGGCCAUUUUAAAAGAAACGUUUAGGCUACACCCACCAAUCCCAAUGGUCGCUAGAAAAUCAAUACAGGAUUGCAAGAUUAAUGGGUACACAAUACCUGCAAAUACUUUACUAUUUGUGAAUAUGUGGUCUAUUGGAAGAGACCCCAAGUAUUGGAAAAACCCUUUACAGUUUCAACCUGAAAGGUUCUUGCAAUCCAAUGAUGAUGAUGGACUCACAAGCUCUAUAGAUAUUAGAGGCCAACAUUAUCUAUUGUUGCCUUUCGGGACUGGGAGGAGAAGCUGCCCUGGUAUUUCUUUGGCCAUGCAAUCUAUGCCUACAACUCUUGCAGUUAUGAUUCAGUGCUUUGAUUGGAAGGUUGUUAAUCCCCCUGGAAUGGAGAUUAAAACUGGUAAUAGUGUUCUUGAUAUGACUGAACGGCCUGGAUUGACUGCUCCAAGAAUCCGUGAUCUUGUGUGCAUUCCGGUUCCUCGUUUACCUGCUCAAGUUCUUGAUCCAAUUUGUGCCAAUUAAUGGGACAUUUUGUGUUUUAUCUAUAUUUUUUUUUAAUUUUUAUCUAUUCACAAUGAUUUUGUUUUUUCUGUUUGGAUUACUGUGAUUUUUUUUUCGAUUAUUAUUACUAUUAUCAUUCAAUAAGAUUAAAAAUCCAAGGUAUUAUAAUCGAAUGCUGUGAC